AUGAGCCCCUUUCAGUUGGUGUAUGGCAAAGCUUGCCACCUACUGGUGGAGAUAGAGUACAAGGCAUAUUGGACCGUCAAAGAAUGCAAUCCAAGUUUGGGUGGAGCUGGAGUUGAGAGGAAGCUACAAUUAGCAGAGUUGGAAUGUUUGAAACUUGAAGCUUAUGAGAAUUCCAAACUUUACAAGGAGAAAAUGAAAGCCGUGUAUGAUAAGAACAUAAGAGGUAAAGAAUUUAAAGUCGAUGAUCUAGUCCUCCUUUACAAUUCUAGAUUGAGAUUGUUGCUCGGAAAACUAAGGAGAUAUCUUUACCCUCUGACGGACACCGAGGAACCAAACUUAGCCGUCCGCAUGAGCAUUCCCACCACCUCAACCGCACCACCAAAGUCAUCCAUGCAACGCAUAGGAGACCUCCACAAGAAGCUCGAUCGUUAUGAGCGGCGCAACCAAAGCUGUUACACUUUUGUCAAGAAGCUUCUAAGUUGCUUAGCACCACCUAUGGAAGAACCGAAAAUCUCUACUUCCACCGGCACCAACAAUGAAGAUAGUGAUAAUGGAUAG